AUGCUGGAACACAACAUAGCCCCCGAAGACAUCGAGGAAUCCUCUCGCGACUGGCCAGAAUCCUGGAUUCCUACGAAGGAUUUCCAAGAAAAGAUUACCACGGGUAAUGUCAAGCAGAAAUGGUCGAGGGUCACUGGAGACGACGCGGUAGCCAGUGGCCGUCUGCCAAAGAAGUCGUCUCGUGCACAGAAGGAGCAGGAAUAUCGCAAAAGAAUCCAGAGUCAGUAA